AUGACUGACUUUCUUAUAGGUUGCUACCGAAGAAGACCGCCUUGAGUUCAGGAGUGCCUGUGUGAACCUCAUGGCUGCCGAUCUACGGCCAACGACCACCUUCUCUGGGGAAGAGUUCCAGGCCCUUGUCCAGACAUCGUGCAACAUCCAGGCCAGGCACGGGAAGACCCCAUUGAGCGCCGCUCAGCUCAUCAGCGACCGCACAACACUGGUGCGCUGCCUGGAGGAAAAGGCGAACACAGCGAGACGUGUCAUCUCGGCAGAUCUCCAGGUUGCGUCUCAGGGGUGUGUGGGCAAGGCUGCCACGACUGACCUUUGGACAGAGAAAUACACACAGAGGCACUACAUGUCGCUCACCAUGCACGUUAUAGAUCAUAAUCAUAAAUUGCUAAAUCUUCUACUCUCUGUGUCAAAGUUUCGGGAUGAUACCGAAUCAGCCGAAAACUUGGCAAAACAUUUGGACAGGGAGCUAGAAAAGUACUCCAUUGACAAGGAGCAUCUAGUAUUUGUAACUGAUGGAGGCUCAAACAUUAUAAAAGCACUUGACAUCCUAAAGAUCAAGAGAAUUUAUUGCAUGGACCAUUGUCUUAACAUUAUUUUGAGAAGUGCUUUUAAUAUGAAAAUGGUGGACUUAGAUUUUUACGGUGAAGAAGGAGAGGAGGUUUUCCAUUUGGCAGAACUUGCAAUUAAGCAAGUUAGGUCUGCAAGGCGCCGCAAGUCAGACAACCUCAAAAGACUGAAAAAACCACCAGAACAGUCGACCAGUGACUUUCGACGCUACGUUUCUCGCGUGCCUUGCAUGCAAGAUAUGCUGGCUAAUAUUGAUGAGGUUCGUGAGUUUUUGCGAGAUGGAAACGAGUUUGAAGUGGCGGACAAACUCAAUGUAGACCACAUCAAGACUCUGGUCGACUUUAUUCAGCCGCUAGAUGAAAUGGCUAAGCCACAUUUCAACGACCUGUCUGAAGUUGAUCAGGAUUGGCUAAACAACCACAUUGCAGACAGUCCUGAAGAUAGCGAGUUUUUGCGCUAUUUAAAGGAGAACGCUAGAGUGCAAACAGCGGGCAGGCACGCUGUGCAGCUGAUGGAGAGAUGUAAGAAGAUUGUGACUCUCUUCAAAAAGUGGGGGGAAAAUGACCUGCUCGAUGAGACUCUUAAGCAAGAGAUCCCCACACGGUGGAACUCCAUGCUCAUCAUGUUAAUGUCAUUCCCCAAAAAUGACUUUGAAAAGGUAAAUAAUAUCUUGAGAGCUCACACAACUCCCGAGAAAGAUUAUUCCUACCUACUGCUUGAUGACGAGGACCAGUGGGACAUUAAGGCUCUUAUUAAGUUCUUGAAGCCCUGGAAGACGGAGUCGGAGCGUGUGCAGGGGGACAAGUAUCCCACAUUACAAUACGUACUGGUUGCCGCGGCUCGACUGGCCGAACUGUCUGAGCCACGAGAUGGGGAAGGAUUUAAAAUGCGCCAUUUGCGUGCUCGUGCAGCGCAAUUGCUCGAGAAGAAAUUUAUCCCCGAUGACUUGCAUAAAGUGGCUGCUUUUUUAUGGCCCGACUUUCGGCGCCUGCUCAUGCUCAAAACCCAUCCAGAGAGGAAAAAGGUGUUCGAUUUGGUCAUGAAAAUGAUUGAAAAGUUCAACCCUGGGGACGACGAUGUGCAGGAACAGGCUCGCAAACGCAUUAGGUUAGGUGAUGGGUAUGACAGGUGGCGUGCAGGUGGCAUGGCUGGCCCAAGAGAUGAUGAAGAGCACCCCGACGAGGUUGAGGCAUACCUUGAAGCUUCAUUCCCUCUUGUCGAGGGAAAGGAUGUCUUAAAGUUCUGGGAGAAAGAGGCUCAUAGGUUUCCUAAACUUGCAAAGCUGGCGAAAGAAGUUUUAUGCAUCCCAGCUUCAAGUGCCUCUAGUGAGAGAGCAUUCAGCAUCGCGGGGCUCAUAAUUAGCCCGCGAAGAAGUCUUCUCAGUGCUAAGCACCUAGAUGAUAUGCUUGUAAUUCGGAGCUACCUUAAGUACAUCAAACAGAAAGAUGGGGAUGGGCGGAAUACCCUAUUUAUAAGACCCUUGUUUAAAUUGGAUGAAUGUACGCCAGACCACAUAUCACGUAACAGGCUUCGCAAUAGUGACACCCAUUCACAGUAA